AACAAUUGUUUGAGUGCUAUCCUAGUAUCCCUAUCCUAAAUUAUCGUAAAUAAUAAUUAUUUUCAAUAAUUUAAUUGAAGCGCAAUUUAAUUGUAUUAGUUUGAAAUAUUGCUUUUAUAGAUAAAUGAUCCGAUCUUUUUAAGCUUGAUGAUCUUGUUCAUUUAUUGAUUAUUGGAGUUAAUUUAAUUCACUUUCGUCUAGGAAAUUGAAAAAGAGGUAAAGAAAAAAUUUUAACAAUUUUAAAACGUUAAGUUGAAUUAUGUAAUAAUGCAACUAAAUGGUAGCAGCAUUCAUGGUAUUGGAUAAAAGGAGUCUAUUCAGCUAAUUUUGUAUAUCUGAGCGAAGGUUGUCACUCUUGAAAAAUAAAUUGAACAUCGCGUCACCAUUGCGAUGCUACCUGUUUGAUGAAUUUAAAAUAAUCUCCGUAGUCGAUGUAAAAACAGCUGAUAUAAUCUUAGCUAAUGCAAUCUACACUUGUCGUUAGGGUAUGAAAGACUUCAUGUGAAAAAAUUUGUUAAUCACAACAUAAUGGUUUUAAAAUAAUAGAAAGCAUUGUUGAAUUUUAUACGAUACAAGCGUUUAUCUGCUCUUCGCAAUUAAUUAAACGUGCAAUUAACGUCAUUUCGCUACCGCAUCAGCAACAAAUAAAUAAAAGAUAAACUAAGUUCGCUAAGUUAAAGGAACACAACAAAAGAAAAAAAUACGCACAACACAAUGUCUUUGUAUUGUUGACAUUCGUCAAACUAUUAGUAUAAAUUGCAGCAUAAUAAAAAAUUUAGAUAGGGGUAGUCUCAUCAACUAAUUCCCAAGCAUAUAAAGUAAGAAUUUACGUGCUAUGGAUUCGGAUACCGAACGUUUAUAUGAUUCAUCGCUUGAGAAUGAGGAACAAAUAAUAGUAAAUAAUGACGCUGUCUCAGUAGCCACAAAUAGUGAUGGUGCACGUUCCUUUCCGGAAUCUUCAAUCAGUAUAAAACGUAAUAAGUUGUUUAUUUUGGAACCUGCAGUAUUUCUGGUAUUCCUAGCCUUCAAUUUGUCAGGGGCUGUAUUUCAAAAUAUAUUAUUGUAUCAAACCUGUGUUUACGUUUACAAAUACAACAUAAGCGAUUGUCAGCCAUUAUUAGGAGUUCAACGGGAGUCUGCUGAAGUACAACACAUUGAAACCCAAAUACAACCUUAUGUGGUCAGAAUAUUAAUGGCGAUAUCGCUGUUAGAAAGCAUAAUCCCAGCUAUUGUCAGUUUAUUUAUAGGACCAUGGUCGGAUAAAUACGGCAGACGGCCGAUACUCUUGACUACAUUUAGUGGUUAUUUGAUUAGCAGAAUUAUUGCAACUGUUUUAAUUUAUAUCUCUUCAAAAGUUGUAAUAAAUCCAUGGUUGUUUCUUCUUUGUUCAGUACCAUCAGUAAUGAGUGGUGGUACUUGUGCCUUAAUCACCGGAAUCUAUUGUUACAUAUCGGAUGUAGCUAAAGCAAAAUCCCGAGCUUUAAGAAUGGUUUUGAAUGAAGCCAGCUUAUGUGCUGGCAUGAUGAUUGGCAAUGUUUUAACUGGCUACAUAUAUGAGGCCACUAAUGCAUUUACGGUGUUCAGCAUAUCAAGUACCUUACUUUUUUUAGCACUGUUAUAUGUUUAUGCGUUUGUGGUGGAAAGUCUAAAGCCAGAACAAAUUAUGGCAGCGGGGAAUUCUAAAAUACGUGAAUUCUUCCGCCUUGACUUAGUUAAGGACUUGGUGCAAACGUGUACAAAGCGUCGUCCUAAUUAUGACCGCAUUAUUAUUUGGUUAACAAUGAUGGCCUUAACUUUAGCUUUAUUUGUAAUGGCGGGCGACGACAAUGUUUCUUAUUUGUUCGUGAGAAAUCAAUUUCAAUGGACUUUAAAAGAUUACACUGUUUUUAAUGCCACACGUAUAAUCGUACAAAUUAUGGGCAGUAUUAUAGGAAUGUACUUCUUGAGAAAAAUGUUCCAAUUCUCCAUUGUUGGAAUGACUUUAAUCUCUUUAGCCAGUUGUGUUUUCGAAAGCACUGUUCGUGCUACCGCAAUAUAUUGGUGGGAAUUAUAUUUAGGUUUAACUUUAGGCCUUAUGCGAGGUGUUAUGGGUCCAAUGUCACGGGCCAUACUGUCACAUGUAGCUCCGGCUACCGAAGUGGGGAAAAUCUAUGCUUUAACUACUUCACUGGAAUCUUUGUCACCGCUAAUAUCUUCGCCUUUGUAUACAAUAGUAUAUAAUGCAACAUUGUCGCUUUAUCCGGGCGCAUUUAACUUCCUUAGUGCCGGCUUAUAUCUGUUAUGUUAUACCUUCAUAGCAAUAAUUUAUGGCAUUCAAAAAUCAAUGGGAGAAAACGCUACUUAUCAAGCUAUAGGAAGAUAAGCCAAGUAAAUUGUAUGAGCUUUUUUAUGUAUAUAAAUAGUAAUUAAUUUACAUAAGCUAAACAAUAUGUUGUAUCACCUGAAAAGUGUAAUAAUGUUUUAAUGCUUUUGCUAUACAAUAAAAGCUUUAUAUUUUAAAAAA